CCGAUGAGGGCGGCGGUGACAACCCUGGGUCCCCCAUCUCCAGAUGCCUCCUCGAAGACCCUCACCGUAAACUUCUGGAGCUCCGCGCGGCUUUCUUGGAUCGUCGGUGGGCCCCCCUUGGCGGCGCCAGAGGGGGGUCAGCGGCGAUCCGACAAAUCCGCGCGGACCUCCGAACGUUCACGUGAAUGCCGCUUGCUGCUGCACUACGAGAGGAGAAGGCACCGACACCGCUGCCCUUCCCUCGCUUUCGCCUUGUUGGGCCGCCCGGGAGGCCCUCGUCGCCGCGGACGGAUUCGCUUCGAAAUUCUGGUCCGAAUGCACCCCAGGAGAGGUCUGGGGAGUAGAGGUAUCGAUGUCUUUCGGUUUCACCAGGUUGGCUGACGGGACUCGAGACUGCUGGGCACGACGUCGCGUGCAGCAUGGAGGGGGAGUGCAUCGAGGGUUCUGGCCGGGGCACCUGCUACGUGAUGGUGGAUGCCAGCAAGGAGUCCGUCCCACUGAUCAGCACCGACACGGGGUACGAGGUCACCUUCUCUGGGUCCGCUUGGUUCGGGCCUGCGUUGAGGUUCAAGGAGUACCGCGACGCAGCCCAGAACCUCACUAGUGACCACAACAUCACCGUCGAAGGACAUUCGGCGUCGUCGCACUGGAACCUCUGCUGGAAGCCAGGGCAGAUAUCUGACUGGCAGGCUAGGGCAGGGCGGAACACCGGCGUGGAGGAUUACUGCUACUACGUCAACGGCUUGUGUUUCUUAUGGGCGUCUCCUUGCACUGGCGGGUGCUCCACACUGGGUGCUCUGACGGGUCCUUUGGCGAACCCGCUGUAUGCGACCUUCUGCCCUGCCGGUCUGCGUUACGCCACCGACGCAGAGUGGACGGCUGCCGAGCCUACUUUGUAUGCAAACAAGGAGGAAUUCCACGCCAAGUGUGCAGCCGAGGUUCUUGACCCAGAUUUCAAUCACUGCGACCUGUCGAACACUUUCAAGCGUGUGCCGAAUGGCGGGUACGAGGAACAGAUCCUGGUAUGCGGGGACGCCCAGACGCCCGCGCCGCCGGCGCCCACGCCGGCGCCCGCGCCGGCGCCCGCGCCAGCGCCCAGCCCACCCGCGCCAAGUACACCUGGCACUGGCGGUGGUGUGUCAGCCACGGGCGAUCCCCACCUGCAAAAUGUGCAUGGUCAGCGAUUCGACUUGAUGAAGCCAGGCAAGCAUUUCCUCAUCAACAUCCCCAAAGGAGAGCUUGAACACCAGUUUCUUGUUGUGCAGGCUGAUGCGCGCCGACUGGGGGGGUGCAAAGAUAUGUAUUUCCAAGAACUGAAUAUCACAGGGUCGUGGGCAGAGGCGAAGCAAGCUGGAGGGUACCAUCACACCGUAAAGCAUCGUGCGGCUAGGACUCCUGAAUGGGUCGCGUUGGGUGCGCUUGAGUACAAAGUCGUUCAUGGACAUACGAAGGGUGGCCUCGAGUAUUUGAACUUUUACGUCAAGCAUUUAGGGAAAGCUGGGUUUGCUGUCGGAGGUCUGCUGGGCGAUGACGACCACACGGCGGCAGCAACUCCUUCGGGGUCAUGUGCUCGGCGCGGUGUAGCUCUUUUGGAGUCAGAUCCGAACAUCAUUGGUCCCUCCAUGAGCUCAGUCGCAGCAGCGAGCUUCGAGUGAUCGCGCGGUCAGUUCAAGGUGGCUCAGUGGCAAUUCGGACGCAGCAGCGAGGUUUCCCUCUUGGAUCUCUUGAGAAAAUUGAAGGGCGCCAGUUGCCCUCCCACCGCCGCAAGGACCCGC